AUGGGACCGUUCUACUUCCUCAGCAACAAUCAAAUUGGGUCUAGGCCGUUGCUGUCAUCAGAGCACACGUGGCAAACGGGGCAGAUCGAAGCACCGCAUCCGAUCUAUGAGCCUAACGCGCGCUUUUACAUCCUCUUCUUCUCGAGCGGUACCUUUAUUGAGGACGAUUACAAGAUCGGCUGGGCGAUAAACAAGAACAUCUUCGGGCCGUGGAAGAGCAGCCGCGUGCCCUUGAUCGAGACGGAUAUCCCGCGCGGCAUUGUCGUCUCAGGCGGGCAAUACGCCGUGCGUGGCGUGGAUGGCAACUGGUUCAUCUGCUUUCAUAUACACAACGACCCUGGCUGCAAAGGCGGGCGGCGAAUGUGCGUGCACCACAUCAUGUUCAACGACGAUGGCUUGCCUAGGUUGGCGGGCAAACCCGUGCUCAGGCGCAGACUGCGCGUCGGCGUGGAGGAGGAAGAUGGGAUUCUCAACUCGGAAAUACCGUACCAUCUGAAACCUGGCACCGGUUACGGUCGACAUGGAAGCGGCGGAAAUGGAGGUAAGGCGAUCGCCCAGAAGGUCUUCCACGCAAUUUCCAAACUUUCCCAGUGA